GGCGCCGGGCUGUCCGGCGGGCGGGCGGUGGGAGAUGGCGGAGUAUCUGGCCUCCAUCUUCGGAACAGAGAAGGACAAAGUCAACUGUUCGUUUUAUUUCAAAAUCGGAGCUUGCCGUCAUGGAGACAGAUGUUCUCGGUUGCACAACAAACCAACAUUUAGCCAGGAAGCGAUGCUGUUGUAAGCUUGCCUGUAGUAGAGACCAACCAGUGCUAACUUUCAGACCAUCUUGAUUCAAAACAUCUAUCGUAACCCCCAAAACAGUGCACAGACGGCUGACGGCUCACACUACCAUUGCCCUCUUGAACAUUUACCGUAACCCUCAAAACUCUUCCCAGUCUGCUGACGGUUUGCGCUGUGCUGUGAGCGAUGUUGAGAUGCAGGAGCAUUAUGAUGAAUUCUUUGAGGAGGUCUUCACAGAAAUGGAAGAAAAAUACGGUGAAGUUGAGGAGAUGAAUGUUUGUGAUAACCUUGGAGAUCAUCUAGUUGGAAAUGUAUACGUAAAGUUUCGCCGUGAAGAAGAUGCAGAAAAGGCUGUGAUUGACCUGAACAAUCGCUGGUUUAAUGGACAGCCUAUUCACGCUGAGCUUUCACCUGUGACCGAUUUCAGAGAGGCCUGUUGCCGUCAAUAUGAAAUGGGAGAGUGUACACGAGGAGGUUUCUGCAACUUCAUGCAUUUGAAGCCCAUUUCUCGAGAGUUAAGACGCGAGUUGUACGGGCGUCGUCGUAAAAAGCAUAGAUCCAGGUCGAGGUCCCGCGAACGUCGGUCUAGAUCCAGAGAUCGUGGUCGUGGUGGCGGAGGAGGAGGAGGAGGACGCGAACGUGACAGGAGGCGGUCAAGAGAUCGUGAAAGAUCUGGUCGAUUCUGAGCCAUGCCAUUUUUACUGUAUGUCUGCUAGAAAGUGUUGUAGUUUGACCAAACAAGUUCAUAAUGAGAUUUUUUUUAAAGAUGGGCUUCUGAAUAAAAAUUUGUAGUGAUACAGUAUUCUUUGUGUAACUUGUUUCUUGUUGGGGGGGGGAAGGGGGGAAGUCUUUUUAACUGUCAUUCCUCUAUCUUGACAAAUACCUGGAUUAAUACUAUGCCUGAGGGAAAGGUGGUAAAUGUAUUGGAGGAGCGCCAGUCUGGGUUUUUUUUUUAUUUUUUAUUUGGAUAUGAUUUGAACUGUUGAUGAAAAUGUGUGUGUAUAUAAUAUAAAAUAUUAUAUACAUAUUAAAAAAAAAAUAAUAUACUGCUUAAGAAACAGUUACUCAUAUAAGUUUCCCUUUUCCGCUAUGCUGUCUGCUUAUUUAGGUUAGUUUAGGCACAUUUAAAAGGAAGGCUGUGCGAAGUGCAUUUAUUUACCAAGUAGAAACGCUUAGUUACCAAAUGUAUGUUUGUUUGUUACCAGAAGUCUGUGCUCUGUCUAUCAAUGUGACUGUGGCAUUUACAAUAAAUCCAGUUUCUUGGUGUAAAAUCUAAAGCCUUUUUUCUAAGCACUCUGGAGUAGUUGUGUUGCUACUCCUGGCAGUGCCAGAGUUCAUAGUUGAGGGUUUUUGGUUUUUUUGAUUCUUGACUGAUUUUCCUCAUCUUUGCUAGAACUGAAGCUACCUAUUGCAGUGCAUGGGAGGGGUGGGAAACAGUAUUUUUAUCUCGGUAGCAAUGAGUUUCUGUAUUAAAAACUCAUGCUCCAUACAGCAGGAAGCAUAGAAUCUACUGAAAGAAACAAAAGGCCUGAAAUAGAAGGCCCUAAUUUCUUAAGAGGCUGGAUUUUUUCACUGUGUUCUCCCAGCUGUUGCUUAAUGAAAGUGUUUCCCUAGUGUUCCAGACAACAGAGGACUAAUUGGAUGCUAAGGAAAAUACUGGUUUUUUUCCAGUUUUACUUGCUUUUGAAGAGAUGUAAAGUGCAAUGGAAGCUGACAAACAGGUGGCAGUUUCUUCACAAGACUUUUUCUGUCUUGGUUCAGGUGAAUGGCACAACAGCUGUGUAUCUUAGGUUGUGCAUCCCUUCAGGAGUUAAAAGUUUAAUUGAACUGUUGCCUGAGAGACUGUACAGCGUACUUGCCAUUUCAGGUCAUUCGUGUCUGCUUUUAUUCAGCUCAUGAGGUAGCAUGAAGUUAUGGACAAUGGUCAUAUUUAUGUCCAUUAAACUGCCUAAUGCAGUAUAGCUUUCUGACACCACAGAGAAUUUAGCAGCUCUUUAGUUCUCUGAGUAUGGUAACUUGCUAAGUGAUAUAUCUGCUCCUUAAUCAUUUAAUUUAACUAAAUAAAAGGACGGAUAAUAAAGGAUAUGGAAGUGUUGCAUAGACAGAUUAACAAACCAGCUCCUCUGUCUCAAAAAUAAAUGCAAAAUCACUUUGCUCGCUGUAACCUGGAGAUGGCAAAGAAAAAGAUAUUAAGAAGUGUGCAUUUCUAAUUGAAUAUGCAUUGUCUUUUAGAACUAUAUUCCUGUACCAAUUUAAACUGAGUUUAUUAACAUUUGUUCUGGGUGGUUUGACCAGCCAGAUUGUGGGCUUUAUUCUGCCAGUAACUUUUACAAGGAGAAAUAUCUCUACGUGGAGACAGCUUUGCUAUUUAUAUUCUGUUGCAAAUACAUGGAUUAUGAAUUCUUUUUCACUGGGAGAAAUUGAUUGAUGCCUAGAAUCGAUGGCUGAACUGAAACCUGUUGUAUGCCUGCUAGGUAUUAGGAACUGAUAACUUAGUUCUGGUUUAAAGGAUGUUAAUCCAGUUCCUCAAUGAGACAUAGGAUUAUUAGUGAGCUAAUUUAAAUCGCAAGCUCAAAAAGAUGAGAAUAGCCACUAUUUUUUAAUACAGUAUCUAGUAUAAUGUGAUUACUACUUAAAAUGCUUAAGAUCUUAUUUCCCGUGGGUUAUUGGCACAAUCUAGUUUGCUGUAUAAACGAGUUCAUUUUAGACUCAUAUAAAUGUAUCUCUAUAAUGGCUUUCAUCUGUUUAUCUAAGCACUGCAAGUACGUUUUUUGUGUGAACAGAUAGCAAACAGUUGCUUUCCUCCCCCUCUUGUAACUGGAAGAUGUCUUAAAGGGCACUGAAAGCAAUGGGUUUUACUGGUGAUGCCAUUCAGCAUAUAAACUAGAAGCAUUUGACAUCUGAAACGUAAACUGCACAAACAUAGUUAAACGUGGUAGUCCAAACUGGAUUCAUUUACCAAUGCAAAGGUAGGGAAUCCUACCCACCCAUUCUGUUCUUAUUUACAGUGUGUUUAGAGUUGAGUUAAAUUUCCACACCUCCCCACCCCCCAUAGGUUCCUAUAUCUCACAAAUACAUUGUUGUUGGCUCUUAGCAGUGGAUCUUAAGGAAUUCCUUUACCUCAAAUAAGUGACAGCAUACAGUAUUUUCUGAAGUCCGAGUCAAUUAGAUUGAAACUGUUAAUCCCGAGUGGCUUCCUCUCAAUUGUAUUUGGCUCUUAUUCUGUGAAAAUGCUGCUUGUCCAUGAAUAUGAUGUAUGUUGAGACUGUAAAACCAAAUGGAGAAAAAAUUGUUCAAAAAUAAAGCCUUUUUUUUACUAAGAA